AUGGUGUUUCCAGUACGUAUAAUUGUCUUUAUUUCAUCUUUGUCUUUCUGUGAUGCGGCAACAUUGGUAGAAGAUGAUCCUUCUGGCUUUGUCGACUUUUUCCAUACAAAUUUACACGAAUUUAAUGACAAACCAAUAACAUUUUCAUACCCUGUUCCAAGAUGGCUCAAAGGAGCAUUGAUUCGAAAUGGCGGUGCUAUGUAUGAAAUUGGACAAAGGUCAUUCACAAACGUAUUUGAUGGUUUUGGGAAACUUCACAGUUUUACUUUUUAUGGCAACGGAACGGUUUCAAUGUCUGCAAGAUUUCUACAGACUGAAUACUAUAAACAAUCUCUAGCUACGAAUACAAUUGCACCUUAUUUUCAGUUUGGUAAACUUGUUCCCCCUUAUAAUGAAAUAGAAAAAAUGGAGUCGAUUAAAAACAACAUGGAAAACUUGAACGUUAAUGUAUAUAGGGUACGUAAUUCAAAGACCGGACAAUAUGAAUACAUGUCAGUAAAUGAUGUUUGGAACGUUUACCAAAUUGAGGAAGAGACAUUACAAACAUUGAAACUUAUUGCACCUCCAAUGAAAUCAAGUUCCCAUGUCUAUAUCCCCGGAUUUUCAUCAGCUCACCCAAUCAAAGAAUUCGGCAAAGAAACUUAUCUUACGUAUCAGAUGAGUGUUAGCAUAGUUCCUUACAUGAAAAGUAUCAUAACCUUGUACCGAAUGACGUCAGUUGGAGAUCGAGAGGAAAUUGUCACGUGGGAUAUUGAAGCACAGACAUACAUGCACUCAUUUUCUGUCACAAAGAACUAUGUGAUUUUCAUUGGUCAGCCAGUUUCAAUAAAUAUAAUGAAAGUAGCUGAAUAUGGUGACAUACAAGACGCAAUGGAAUAUCGCUAUAACGAUUCUACCUUUAUUUACGUUGUUGAUUUAAGAACAAAUAAGGUGACCACUGUGAAAUAUGAUACAUUCGUGUCAUAUUUCCAUCAAAUUAAUGCUUACGAAGAAAAUAACAAGAUCAUUGUUGACAUUUGUACACAAAAUUCAUCCAAUAUGUUUUCCAUGGACUUGAACUAUAUUCGUUCUGUAACAUUGCGCAAUAAUAUCACUAUCUAUAGUGGUAUCAAACGCUUUACAAUAGAUUUAAAUACGAAGUCGGUUUCUGCAGAAUCUUUCGAACCAUCAAAAAAUAAUUCAUUUGCGAACAAUUUAGAUAUGCCAUCGAUCAACGAGAAUUUCCGACACGUUAAAUACUGUUACGCUUAUGGACUAGUCAUAAAAGCAGACAACAAACAUUUUAAUAAAUGGGCAUUAGUAAAAAAAGAUGUAUGUAGAGUAGACGGCGAUUUAUCAUGGGCAAUCGAUAAUCAUUAUCCCUCUGAAGCUUGGUUUGAACCUACACCUAAUAGUACCAGAGAAGAUGACGGUGUUUUAAUGACACACGUAUUUGAUGGCAUCAAGAAAGAAAGUUAUCUUGUACUUAUCAAUGCAACAACUAUGCAAACUUUGAGUAAAGGCAUUUUACCUACCACAAUGCCUUUUAGUUUUCAUGGCAGAUUCUUUCAAAACGAUUCCAUAUAG